CUGCCUUCCAUUAUUCUUUACGCUGUCCACCACUGCACCGCAUUUCGACGUGCUCGACCCUCUGCAUGCUGUCUGCGCUACUUCUGCACCGGUGCCCGCGUUGUUUCUGGGAUCCAGUAGCCCAAAGGAGCACUCAUCUCGGCGGCCGUGGCGCAUCGAGCGAGACCGGGAUGCGCGCCUUACGUAACCCAACUUAACUAGUGCAAACGCCUCGCGGUGACGCAUCUCUCUGUAAAUGCCUCCAGACAUUGCCCGAUUUCGCCAUCAUGGGCCAAAGCGCCUCGUCACCAGGCGAUGGCAGCGGCGCUGCUGAUGCCGCUCAGGUCAAGACAUCCUACUACACGCUGCUGAGUGUCGAGCGGAAUGCCACAGAGGAUGAAAUCAAAAAAGCCUAUCGUCGAAAAGCACUUGAACUUCAUCCCGACAGAAAUUAUGGAAACGUCGAGGCUGCUACAAGGCUCUUUGCCGAAGUGCAGUCCGCGUAUGAAGUGCUGUCCGAUCCGCAAGAACGAGCCUGGUAUGACAGUCACGAGUCUGCUAUUUUGCAUGGCCAAGACCCUCAAGAGGAAGGUGCUGUACCCACGUAUCAAAACGUGAAGAUCACCACAGCGAACGACAUCAACAACAUCGUAGGCAAAUUCAACCGGAAUGUCGAGUUUACAGAUUCUCCUUCGGGCUUCUUCGGCUUCCUUCGCGAGACCUUUGAACGUUUGGCUCAGGAAGAGGACAUUGCUGGCCAAAUGGAUGAUGUGGACAAUCCCGAGUAUCCCACCUUCGGGCACAAAGACGACGAUUAUCCUGAUGUCGUAAAGAAGUUCUACGCAGCAUGGUCUGGCUUCAGUACUGUCAAGUCUUACUCCUGGUGUGACAAGUACAGAUUAUCGGAAGCGCCCGAUCGCUUUAUUCGCCGGAGAAUGGAGCAGGAGAAUGCAAAGUCUCGAAAGGAUGGCCGAGAUGAGUUCAAUGAAGCUGUUCGUGCGCUUGUUCAGUUCGUCAAGAAGCGUGACCCGCGUGUUGUGCUAGACACACGGACCGAAGAGGAGCGUAGCAAGGCUCUGCGUGAUGCGGCAGAGUCACAACGUCGGAGAGCCAUGGAAGCCAAUGCUGCCAAAACGGCUGGCUCCGUGCCUGAAUGGGCACAAUCAAGAGAGCCAGAUGAGCAUGCGGAGCUGGAAGGCACGUUCGAAAGUGACACUGAGGAGGAAGAAGUCUUCGAGUGCGUGGCUUGCAACAAGAUCUUCAAAAGUGAGAAGCAGAUGGAUGCUCAUGAGAAGAGCAAAAAGCAUCAAAAAGCUAUCAAGGAGCUCCAGAAGAGAAUGAGGAAGCAGGAUGCCAAGCUCGACCUCAAUGGUAGUGGUGCGGCCACGCCAGAUGUUGACGAAGAGGAAGAGGAAGUGCUAGAUGAUCUGGCGGCAGAGGUAGACGAUCACGAGGCGGCGGACAAAAGAGAAGAGCCGGUGGAGGAUGAAACCGAUGAAGACAGUCCCCCUCGAAAGGAAAUCGAUACCGAUGACGAAGAUGAGGAAGAGAACACAAGACCUGAACAGCUCAAAGGCACUUCUGCGCCGGGUACGCCUUCAGACUCCGAAGAUGAAGACUACGCCUCCCGAGAGACCAUAGAAGCACGAAUCGCUGCUACAACACUCACAGACGAGACUACCUCUACUCCAUUGACACCAACCAUCACCGACAGCGACAACGGAUCCUCCGCUCAACAGCAACCGAAGAAGAAGCUCGGUGCCGCAGCCAAGAAGCGAGCAAAGAAGGCUGCAGCUGCUGCCGAGACCUCUGGAACGCAAACGCCGGCCGAACACAGAUGUAUCAAUUGCAGUGCCGAGUUCGAAUCCAAAUCAAAAUUGUUCGAUCAUUUAAAGCAGAAUCCAAAACAUGCUGCGCUGAAGACCGUGGUGGGUGGUAGUAGCGGGAAGGGCAAGAAGAAGGGGAAGAAAUGACCUGGAAAGUGAAGAUAUUGCAUGGCGAGGGCGUUGAAGUCGCAUGAAAAGUGCUGGCGCAUUGUGAAGAUACCCAAUGACGAUUCUGAUGAUAAACUCUAGAAUAUGGUCGAUCAAAAAAGUACUAUAAAGCUCCUUUUAAGGAAGACAAAAUCAAACGG